ACCGUCACCAUCAGCGCACCAGACCGUACCAUAUCAGAUCCACGCACAGCAGCCUACAGCAACGGUCCCAUCCACACGCUCGCAAACACACCCCACAAAGCCACUCGCAUGGAGUUCACAGAUCGAGCUCAAGCAGCCGUCGGUGCUGCACUGCAGCUGGCCAAGGACUUUGCUCACCCCCAAGUACGGCCUGAGCAUCUGGCGCUAGCAUUUCUGAACGACGAUGCUCGCGGCACAUCCGCUGGCGCUCUAAACACCUUUGAGCCAUCGCGUCCCUCCACGCCAUCCAGCAACAAGCCCAACGCAUCCGAGUCCCUCUUCCGAAGCGUAUUGGGCAAAGCAGGCGUAGACGCUUCCAGAUUCGAAUUCAGCCUUCGAAAUGCGCUCAAAAAGAUUGCCAGCCAGAAUCCAGCGCCGGAUGAGGUGGGCUUGGCUGGGAGUACGAGCAGAAUCUUAAAGGAAGCGGAUCAUCUCAAGACGCAGCAACACGACUCUUUCAUCGCCGCGGAUCACAUCUUGCUGGCGCUGCUCACUGAUAGCAGCACCGUCAAGCUUCUCAAAGAGGCUGGUCUUGCAAACGAAAAUCUCCUCAAGACUGCCAUCACUCAAAGCAGAGGACAGCGCAGGGUGGACUCUCGCGCCGCUGAUGAUGGCUUGGCAGAUGCGGUCAGCAAGUACUGCGUGGAUCUCACCGCUCUUGCGUCCGAGGGCAAGCUGGACCCAGUGAUCGGUCGAGAUGAAGCGAUCCGAAGAGUCAUUCGAAUUCUUUCGCAAAGAAGAAAGGCUAAUGCCGUGCUCGUAGGACCUCCAGGAACGGGAAAGACGGCUAUUUGCGAAGGAUUGGCUCAAAGAGUCAUCGAUAACGAUGUGCCUCCUCAAUUGCAGACCAAGGUUCUCUCUCUCGAUCUUGCUGCACUUGUCGCCGGCGCAUCUUACAAGGGUCAAUUUGAGGAGCGUUGGAAAGCGCUUCUUACGGAACUCGAAAAGAUGGCCGACAACGGCAAGGCUCCGAUCCUCUUCAUCGACGAGGUGCACCUGCUCGUAGCUGGAGGAGGCAACGGAUCCACGGACGGCGGCAAUCUGCUCAAACCCAGCCUUGCUCGUGGCAAGCUGCGCGUCGUAGCAGCCACGACGCCCUCCGAGUACCGCACAACAAUCGAAAAGGACGGAGCUUUGGAUCGUCGUUUCCAGAUGGUCAAUGUGGACGAGCCGAACGAGGAGGAGACCAUCGCCAUCAUGAGAGGGCUUCGAGAACGCUACGAGAAUCAUCACGGACUUCGCAUCCUCGACUCGGCGCUCGUAGCGGCUGCCAAGCUGGCCAGACGAUAUUUGAGCGGUCGCAAAUGUCCCGACUCUGCCAUCGACUUGCUGGACGAAGCUUGCGCGGAAGUGAGGGUCAGCAGAGAAACGCUGCCGCCCGAGAUCGACUCGUUGCAGAGAGAGGUGGUGAGACUGGAAGUCGCUAUACAUGCGUUGGAGCGCGAAAAGGACGACGCGAGCAAAGAGGCGCUGGAGCAUACUCGCAAGCAAUUGGCCGUCAUCAAGGAGACGCUGGCGCCCAAGAUGGCGGCGUACGAGGCGGAAAAGGAGCAAGCUGAAAGACUGUCCAACGCUCGUAGACGCUUGGAAGAGCUUCGACAAAAGGCGGAAAAGGCUCAGAGGAUGAUGGAUGUCGCUACCGCUUCCGAUCUGACGUAUGGUGCCAUACCCGAUUUGGAGGCCAGGAUCGCGGAGUUGGAAGCGGAAGAGAAAAGGAAGGCGGAAAGAGGAGAGUCGGACAAGGGAACUGUUGGACCUGAACAGAUUGCCGCUACGGUAGCGCGCUGGACGGGCAUUCCCGUCGCUUCCAUGCUCGAGUCUGAGCGCGACAAGGUUCUGCAGUUGCCCAAGCUGCUGAAGAAGGAGGUGAUUGGUCAGCCGGAAGCUACGAAUGCGAUCGCCAAGGCUAUCCAGCUGCAAAGAGCAGGACUGGCAAACCCCAACUCUCCGCCCAGCUUCUUGUUCUGCGGACCCUCUGGAGCGGGCAAGACGCUGUGCGCCAAGACGUUGGCCAAGAUCCUCUUUGGAACGUCGGAUGCGCUCAUCAGGAUCGAUGCGUCCGAGUACAGCGAGCGACACUCCAUCAGCCGACUUUUGGGCGCUCCACCGGGAUACGUGGGCUACGAGCAAGGAGGUGCGCUAGAAGCUGUGCGAAGAAAACCUUAUAGCGUCAUUUUGGUGGACGAGUUGGAAAAGGCGGCAAGGGAAUUCCACAUGACCUUCUUGCAGGCGCUGGAUGAUGGACGCUUGACGGAUGGACAAGGAAGGGUGAUCGAUCUGAGGAACUCCAUCAUCAUCUUCACCUCCAACCUCGGCUCGGCCUUCAUUUCCGACAAUGAAACGACGCUGGACAAUGGCAAGAUUGCACCGGCUACGAGACAACUGGUCGAGGGCGCCAUUGCCGCUGCUCUGCCUCCGGAGCUCAGAAACAGGUUCAGCGCUACUGUUCUCUUCAGACCCUUGUCGCGCAAAGACGUGCGAAACAUUAUCGAUUUGCGCAUCGAGGAGGUUCACGCUCGCAUUCGAUCCAACGGCAAGCAGAUAAGAUUGGUCCUUUCGGAGGAAGCAAAGGAUGUGCUUGCGAAGCUGGGAUACAAUCCACAAAUGGGAGCUCGACCCCUGACGAGGGUCAUCACGAACGAAAUUCUCAGUCCUCUGAGCGUCCUGAUGCUUAGAGGAGCCGUGCUGGACAAGGAAGAGGUCAGAGUGGAUGCCGAUGUGGCAAAGGAUAGGCUCGUUGUGAGAGCUAAUCACGAGGCCAACGAGAUGGAGGUGGACGAUGAGGAGGAUGGAGAGAGCUAUCUUAUGGCAGAGGAGGUCGACUAGGCCCGGCCCGGCCCGCCUCUCCUGCAGAGAACGAAAACGAACAAAUCAACAAGAGAAAGUGCAAAUUUACUCUUGCCGCGAAAAUGGGGGGACGAGCUGAGGAUCGUCGCCCCCGGCGCCAUUUCCCCGUAAAAAAAAAAAAAAAGUCAAUAUCGCUUCACGGCCUCAUAGUCACCUCGAGCCAUGCAUCAACCACGUCCGCAUCCCUUUUUGCCCCAAAACCAAACCACCAUCCCGUCACUCUUUCCGUCACUCUUCUGUAGUUCCAACUUCAAAAACAC